AGUGUAGAUAAACGCUGAAAGCUUAUAGAGGCAAAUCGAGGCCGGAGAAGUUGCCGCCUUGGUUGUUGAAAUACAAGUUCUGUUCCCACAAGUCAUGUACUUAUUACAGCUGUUGUAACUUAGAAUAGCUAAACUAGCAUAGCUUAGUCACAUAUGUAGAUACCACAAAGUCAUAGGUGGUUAGAAGUUUAGUACGCGUCCUAUUUAUGUUCAUUGUCUGUACUUGGGUCUAUAUAACCCUCAUCUUAUUCUCAUGUAAUGGUACACUGCAAUAUACAGAAUUUGCACUACUGCCUCACUAUCAACUUCUUCAUUCUUCUGUUAUACACAUAUAUAUACACACACAUCAGUAUAUAUAUACACAUAACACGUUAGUUUCAUCAUGGUAUCAGAGCUUUAAGAUCCUUACCUCCACGUUUCCAGCCAAAACCAACAUUUUUCCGGUGACAGAUUCUCUCGGUCAUUAAAACAAACAUUUGGCGCACUCCAGUUUCUGACGAGUCAACACAGCGAGUUCAUCAACUCGUUCCAACUCAUCAAAACUCAAAACACACUCUCCCACAAGUUCAGACUAGUCAAACGGCGUUGAAUCAAACGAACACCCAUUAAGCCAUUAACUCCGGCGAUCCUUCAUAAAAUCCGGCGAACCACCACACCUCGGCUCUUCGGAAAGAAGGAAGAAUCGUCGUUUGGGUUUCCUCGAAGCUUCUUAACAUCAAUCAUCAGUGGGUACACAUCUGUGGGAGUCUGUUGGGUAACAUCAUACAAACACAGUUUAUCCAUUUUCCACAUAUAUUUGUACUUCUGAGUUUUACCCACGUAGUAUAUCUGCUUGGCUAAUGUUAGUGGCCUACUUGCACUUUAAUACCCUCAGGUCAUUAUAUCUUACGAUUUUCAUAUUGUUCUUUCAAAACAUAUCUUUGAGCCCCUGAUUAUUUAUUACUUGCCGAAAAGUGUUUUAGUUUUUCAAAAAUUACAGCUUUAAUCACUAUAUUUUUUCCUUCCCACAAGUGCUUGUCAAAUGGAGAAAGAAAAUAGUUCACCAAUUCAAACAAUUUUGAAUGGCUCGAAUUAUUUAACUUGGUCUCAAGCUAUGCGCAGUUACUUGAAAGGAAAAAGACUUUGGCGAUAUGUCAACGGAGAUUUUACUAUUCCAACAAAAGAAAAAGAUGAGACCGACUCCAAAUUUAAGGAUCGUAUUGAAGAGUGGGAUGUCAAAAAUCAUCAAGCUAUCACAUAUUUCAGAAAUUCUUCAGUUUCUAAAAUUAAUUUGCAGUUUGGGAAUUAUGAAACUGCAAAAGAAAUUUGGGAUUUAUUGGCAUCCCGGUAUACUGUAUCUGAUCUUUCUCAUCAAUAUCAGAUCAUGAGUUCACUAAAUAAGCAAAAGCAAGAGUCUGGUCAACCUGUAGCUGAUUUCCUCUCGCAAAUACAGUCACUUUGGGAUCAGUUAACCCUUUCUGAACCAAAGUGGCUUCACACAGACGAUGCUACACUUUAUCAGACAUAUCGGGACCAACAACGACUCAUCCAGUUUUUGAUGGCUCUUACUCCAGAUUUUGAGCCAGUUAGAGCUGCUCUUCUCCAUCGUGUUCCAUUGCCCUCUUUAGAGGGUGCCAUUGCUGAACUUAUCUCUGAAGAAACCCGACUUGGCAUUGGUAAACCCAAUCAUGUAACAGAUACAGUCCUUGCAGUACCUCCAUCAUCCAGUGUUGAUAAGCCAAUUUGCAAGUUUUGUCGACAACAUGGACACCAGACCAAGGAUUGUAUGGCACUUCGAAAUCAUACUUGUCAACACUGUCAUCAAAAGGGUCACUACUCAAUCGCUUUCUGCAAGAAAAGGCCAUCCUUUCAUUCACAAAAGUUUUCACAUCCUUCCGCUGCUGCAACCUCUGAAUCUACAUCAGAAAGUACACCAAACACAUCUACUAGUGAACUGGAAGCCUUGCUUAGACAGGUUUUAUCUAAAACCAGUUCUCCCUCCACUGCAUUCUCUGUCAUUUCAGGAUCCUCAGACAGGACGGACACUUGGGACAGGGCGUAGAUGUGGAAGGUUGUUUGAGCUCACUUACCUUCAUCUACCCUCACUAACAUCAUCCUCUCAUCUAGCUGGAUCUGUUUCAU